AAAAUUUGCUUAAAAAAGUUUAAUUAUAUUAAAAGAAUUUUCCCAAAGUUAAAGUUUAACAUUUCGGCAACAUUUUACCAAGCAAAACCAGCCCAUCUGUUGACAAAAAAUUUAAUUGUGGAUUAAAACGAUAAACUUCUGCAGUUGCUAGUGUCAACAUUUCAUAAAACAUUUAAAAUUUGUUGCCAAAAGUUAGUUUAAAAACAGUAAUCGAAACAAACGUGGCAGCCCUACAAUUGUCGAAGAAUUUAAAUGAGUAUCAAAAGCGAUACUACGAAACUUUAACAAAAGCGUACACCCACACCCACACGCAUAUACACAUACAUAUACACAUUCAUAAACAUUAACAAAAUGCAGAUAGUACAAGGCUUAUUUCGCGUAAUAUUGGCACUUCAAGUUUUGUCACUUGACGUGCUGCCCAACAUUAAUGCGCUGCCCAUCACAUCGAAGCCCAUCGAGAGUACUGCCGAAAAUCUCGCUUGGCAGGCCUGGCUCAUGUUGCCGCCGGAGCAAAAAAACUUGGAAAAAUCACGUAAAGUAACACCGAAGUCAAUAUUCUUGCUGCCAAAUCGUGCAGAUUGCCCAGCGGGGCAGCACUUAUACAAAGGGCAAUGUAUACCAACAGUGACAAUUGAUCCAACUGAACUCUUAACGCAGCAGUUGUUGGGCUUUGUCGUUGGAGAUGCCAAUGCAAACAAUAACUAUGAGUUCGACUACGAUGAUGAGGAGUAUGAUUCGGCACAGAAAUUCACUGGCGAAGAGAAAGAUGUGAUCAUGCCGGCUGAUGUCGGACACUAUGAUGAUGCAUCACAAUUACCUCGCCGUGAUGAACCAUUGAAAUUUAAUAUAUUUCAACAAAAAUUUCCAACCAUUGACUAUGAAGGAGAAAGUAUGCAAAACGAAGAUGCAAAUAAUAAUACAAUAGCCAGCAACAACACCAUGCUAGCCUUGAAUAGCACACAAUUCAUGGAUGCAGUUAAUCUACUGCUACAACGUCAAGCCAACGCCACAAAUGCAGGUAAUAAUAGCAUCGGUGACUUACAAGCUGACAGCACAAAUAAUAUAUCUACUAUAAUAAUGAGUAGGCCAGAGAGCAAAGUAACUACGUCUGCGCAUCCAGCACACACUGAACGUACCAAAGAUACUGAACAUACUUACUCACUGAGCGAUAUUGAUGCAAUUGUGUUGCCAGCUGUGACGAUAACAAAUCCUGCUGAUAGUGACCUUGAAAACCAAAAACCACAUAAAAUAUCGUUGUUCAAGGAUGAAAGCACCGUUCAACUGAUCACAGCUGGACUACAUUCAGAACAAAAUUAUGAUGAACGUGACAGAGCACAGAUGGAUAUAUCACAAUUGCUCAAGGCUGAGGCCUUAAUGCCGUUACACAAUGUUACACAACAACCUGCAGAGGUGGCAAAUGCCACCACAGCUACCACGAUUACCGCUGACGGCAAUGCCAAUGGAAUUGGUAAUAGUGCCACAGAUACAAGGUCAACAUCAAUGGCUGCAGCAUUGGUUAUGAGUGAAAAACACAGCAAAACGCGAAAAGUAACCCCGCUGUUAGCACAAAUUGCCAAAGCUGACGAUGUUGUUGUUGAUGAAGACGAUAAUGAUGAUUAUGAGGUGACAAGUAUGUCAAACCUUGAUGCAUAUGAAGAUGCAGAUGAAGUGGAAAUGACAACAAUAAUACCAGCGCAACUCAGUGAAAUACUUGAAGAAGUAGAAAAAAAGCAGGCAGAGAAAACAGCACUUCAGAAAUUAAGUGCAAAAACUGAACACACUCGUAGUGUAACGAUGCGAAGUGCUGGUAUAGAUGGUACGGAUUUAGAAACACCAACAGAGAGUGAUGAAAUUGCAAAAAUGACAUUUGCUGAGGGGCAACGCAGUAAUGUUGAGGACUCUGAUGCUGAAAAUGAUGCUGAAAAUGAUGCUGUAAAUGAUGCUUUCACAACCACUUCAGAACCUGAAGCUAUUAUGACAACAGAUAUUAACACCAAUAACAGCAACAACUUUGAGUUGGAUGAAACCACCGUCAUUGAAAAAGUUGAUCCACCCGCAAUCGAAUUACAAGAGUUGCUUGAGUUACAACGUCAAGCACUGGCAGCAAUACCACCACAUAAACUACAAAAAAAUCAGCAUGAAAAUCAUGUUGUGCUCAAGAAAUCGAAAGUGGAACCGGUUGGAUUUAUUGCGGGCACAGCCACAGCCACAGCCACAGCUACAGCAACACGUACGGCAAUUAAAGAAACAGCAAGAGCAGAAAAUGCCACAACAACUGAAAAUACAAUAACAAAAACGUCAACAACAUCAAUAAUAAUUCCAAGCCAAGCACAAGCGACACCGUUACCCAGUGCUCCAUCCCAUAGCAGUGAAGCAACAACAACGAAGCAAACUCAGAGUGACCGGUUUCAUUAUCAACAUAUGAUUGGGGACAGCGCUGUUACUGCCGGUAAUGUCGUUGCUGAUAUUGAUGCUGUUACUGGUGCUGAUGCUGGUGCUGCUGCUGUUGCUGAAGAUGCUAAUCAACGUAUUAAUAAGUUUGGUGAGAAAAUUAAAACUAGCGUUGGCAGCGGUAGAGUUGGCGGCAAUAAGAUUGCGAUGCCAGUCGAGCACAGAAAAAGUGUAAAUGAUAAAGCAGCAAGUGAAAUUAAUAUUGAACAAGAAUUGCGCAUUAUUAAUGAGCUGGUGAAGGGCAAAAGACAACUGACAGCUAAACUGGGAACAACAACAAUAAAGACAACGACAACAACAGCAGCAGCAACCACCACAGCAAAUGCAGAAAGUGGUUCCAGCACUGAAAAUAAUAAAGUAAAAUCAACUUCUACUUUUGCCAACUCGCCGGAAUUAAAAAAUCCAACGAGAUCCGCUUUGGCAGUGAAUAAAGAAACUUCAACUGGAAAUGUUGUUCAUACCACAAAUGCCAAAUUGGCAGGAAUUGUGGAAAAUAGCAACGUUGCCGAAGCUACAACAACAACAACAACCAGCAGCAGCAUAAAUGCGGAACCAACACUUGUUACGCUAUGGUCAAAAAUUAUGCCUAUUUUAGGUUUUGGUGCUGAAGAAACAUUAUCAACAACAACGACAACAACAACUCCACCACCAACAACAACAAAAACAACAAAUGUAGAACUUAGUAACAGCAAUUUACUUAGUAUUAACAGCAAUCGUAAUCUUAGAAAUAGUAAAAUACGCAGAAUAACAAGUUCAGGCUCAAGUCCGAAUAGUAUCAGUGCCGGCAGUCGACCAGUGCCUAUCGCAACUGAUAGCCUAGCAGUAUUAGCUAAAGUAACAACAGCAGAUAUGCAGACUACAAAGAGCACAGAAAGUAAAGAAAGUGCCGAAAGUAUGGAGAGUACGGAAAGUACUUUCAUUAGCAGCACAACCAGCCCUUCCAUUACAACAACAACAGAAUAUGAGCCAUUUUGGUGGUUACCGGUUGGCUGGCGUUUAGAUAGUACGCCCGAAACAAAUGAGCAGCCAUUAUUGCUGCGUUUCUGGUCAGCAUUUCCGGGUAAUCAAGCCAAAGUCAAAGAGUAGCUUAAGUAACAGUUGUAGUUUUAAUUCUGAUAUUCUUUCCUGAAUUUUUUUUAAAAAAAAUAUUAUAUAUAAUUUUUUUUAUCGAAGAGCACUCGUACAAAAUCAAAAGAAAAGAAUAGAAAAGAAUCGAAAUAAGAAGAAUAAAGUUCUUGCAGAAUGCGAAGAACAUAGAAAAAUUGUGUAGGAAGUGGUAGGUUAUUGUGGGGAAUAAACAGGAAGUGAGGAAG